GAGUGAUAUACAGCCAAAGAGGGAGGGCAGCCACUUGGUGCACUCUUGUGGUUCUAGCAGGAGCGUCACAGCUGCUUGCUUUCUGACAGUGUGGCAUUGCUCUCAUAUAGCACACAGCGAAAAGUGCUCCAGACAAACAUUACAGUAUGUAUGAUUGGACUUCUUCUUUCAGAGGAAUAUGGGUUUGCCUCCUUUUUAAAAAGUUUUUCUAACUUCUUGAAUUUGUUAUUUUUUCACUAUCCUCUCCAGGGAUGUAUAAAACCAAGACAAAAUUAGCAAAAAAGGAUUGUUUUCGGGGUUUUAAUUUGGACAUUUUGGAUGCAUUGCAUUGACAAGACAACAUGUUGUCACCGGUGUUUGGAGACAUAGGAGACAGACAUACAUGUUUGGAUUAUCUGGACACUUACCAGUGAUACAUGAAAGCUGUGAAACAUGUCAGCGGGAGAUUUACAUUUGCUUGGAAUGAACAAAAACGCAAGGGUGUGACAUAGAGAGACCAAAUUGUUGUGUGUUUGACUUUAAAAAUGCUAUUACAAAAUUUUGUUUUUUACUCUUAAUGCAUGAAAAGUCAAUUUUACCUUUGUGUAUGUCUUUUCUUAUGAAGAUGGAUUUUAACUUGAGUAGCAUAGUGCUCUAUGCGGUCAACACCACUGUGACCCCCUUUCACAACAAUACAGGACCCUACCAUCCUGCAGCGGGACCCUGGAGUUUACUAUUGCUGGUGAUCAUCAUCAUGACCAUCGUGGUGGGCAACCUGCUGGUCAUCAUCGCUAUAGCACGCACAUCCCAGUUACAGACUAUGACUAACAUCUUCAUCAUGUCCCUGGCCUGUGCUGACCUCAUCAUGGGGGUCCUGGUGGUCCCUCUGGGGGCCACCAUCGUGGUGACGGGGAACUGGCAGCUGAGUGACAUCUCCUGCGAGCUCUGGACCUCCGUAGAUGUGCUCUGUGUCACGGCCAGCAUCGAGACUCUUUGCGUGAUUGCAGUGGACCGCUAUAUUGCUAUUACAAGGCCCCUCAGGCACAAGGUUCUGCUCAAUAAGUGGCGCGCCCGACUAAUAGUGUGUGUGGUGUGGAUUGUGUCUGCUCUGAUCUCUUUUGUGCCCAUCAUGAACCAGCUUUGGCGGGCAGAAGAGGACCCGGAGGCCUUGGUGUGCUAUCAGGACCCUGCCUGCUGUGACUUUAUGACCAACAGCACUUUUGCCAUUAUAUCCUCUGUAGUGUCAUUCUACAUCCCUUUGCUCAUAAUGAUAUUUGUCUAUGUCAAAGUCUUCCUCAUAGCCACACGACAGGUACAGCUCAUAGACAAGACCCGGCUGCGCUUCCAGAAUGAAUGGCCAGCGCCGACGACAACACAGCUGAGCAACCACAGUUGCAACAUUUUGCCCUUGGGCUAUGGUGGCAGUAGCAGCUGCACCAGCUCACCUCGCAAGAGAAGCUCCAGGCGAAGACCCUCACGACUAACCGUUGUCAAGGAGCACAAGGCCCUCAAGACCUUGGGCAUUAUCAUGGGCACCUUCACCCUCUGCUGGCUGCCUUUCUUUGUGGCUAACAUCAUCAACGUGUUUGACAGGAACGUGCCCCCGGGAGAGAUCUUCCGCCUGCUCAACUGGCUGGGCUACAUCAACUCUGGCCUCAACCCCAUAAUCUACUGCAGGAGCCCUGAGUUCCGCACUGCUUUCAAGAACUUGCUGGGCUGCCCCUGGUUUUCCACCCCACGAUUAAACACCUUAGGUGUCUACAAGGAGAAGCGGACGCACUGCCCCUGCUUCCUGGGUUCGCCUGAGGCAGCCAGCUCUUUCCAGAAGCCCCCUGCUGCUGCCAGGCCUGAGGGGGACGAGAGCCUGGCUAGCAGUCAGAGCAGCGACAAGAGUGAGGAGCCUUCCCCAGGACCCCCACACUUUAACGGCAACACACAGUUCAGUGAAUUCUCCAAACCAGAAAAUGAAUUGAAUUGGACGGGUGAAAAACUGACUUUCACAACUGACUGAGCAGAGAUUGGAAUGGCUGAGAUGACACUGCGAAAAGGAAAACCAAAGGAGAUGGCAGACGAGCUGGUCCUGGUGAAUAUGGGCAAGGAAGAUUGACUGAUGUCAAAACCCUGAGAAGGAGAACUGGACUGGGCAGUUUGGGUUGGCUGGUCUGGACUUUGGGAGUAGCACCAGUUUAAAGGUGCUAAUCACAAGACCUGAAGACCAACUGUGUUAACACACCACCCUGCCACAUGUAGGCCUGAGACUGUGAGGAUAGCUCACUGUUCACUGCAAUACAACAUCAAAUAAAUCAUCAUCAUUAACUGACUUAUCCUGGCAUUGGCUACCACCAACACGCUCACAGCAUACUGUGUACAAUAGGACAGACUCUUCCCUGACAACCAGAAAGGAUUUCAGUAGCUCUUAGGACGUGACGCAGUAAUACACAGUGAUGUAUGGUCAAAAGUGGGGAAUCAGAAUACAUUUUGUACAUUAUCUAAUGCUAAAUUAUUUAUUUAUUUAUUAUAUCUCAACUUUAUCUGUAAAUGCAAAACUUGUCAACUUAAUACAGGAAUAUUAUGCCAUAUGUCUUUACUGUCCAGUAAUGUCCAUAGUGUAGCAACAGGUUUUCUUUUCAGAUUUCAUAUCAUCAACCUCUUCACUGCCAAAUCAACCUAAUUAAAAACUGCAACUGAAAUAAGUGUUCUGAUCAAGGACAUUAACAUAUUAUUUUAUAAAUAGUGAUAUGUAACUAAAAUACAUAAAUUGCACAAAACAGUCAAUUAUGAAUGUAAGGCAAUGACUGCCAACUAAUCCAUGAAAACCUAAGAUGAUUUGAAGCAUCAGCCACACUAAAUUUACCAGCACACCUAUCAGGUGUACUGACCCACAGCCAAAUUACAUCAUUAUGGUGCUUCAUACACACAGCAGGACCAUCUGCAUCACUGAUUGCAGACAUUGCAUUGACCCAUAAGAUCUACUAACACUUCCUUGCAUCUCGUGCAGCAUAUUUGCUCAUAACUUAUUUAUUGUGUAUCAUUGUUGAUGCUAUAGGAUGUCAUAUGAGUACAAAAAUGUGUUAAUUUUUUAUUUUUAGACAGCAAUGAAGCAGUGAAUGAGUGUGAUGUAAUUUCCAAAAAUAACAUUAAUUCAAUAUUGGUAAGUUAAGUCAUUAUGAAUUCUGACAAUUGGUACCUCUACAAACCAUUCACUAAUCAUAUGACUGUACAACUGAAGUAAAUGACAAGGUUUCCAUGA